ACACACACACACAGUGCUCGGAGGGUCGAGUGGUGAACGUCACAAGCCAGUGGCAGCGCUGGAGCCGAGCGGAAACCCCUCCCGAAUCCCAACUCAACUCCUCCAACCCCAGUCAAAGAAAAGAGGAAUACCGAGGAAUCAGGAAACACCGACAAUUACCACAAUACUCCAUUACACAGCAGUAACGAUGCAGACCUGAGUAACGCACACUGUUGAGCGAGAGAGACCGCGUGCCUUGCGAGCGAGAUGGGGUUCGGCCGGGACCUGCGCAACUCCCACGAGGGUCUGAUGAAGUUGCAGGACUGGGAGCUGAAGCUGCUGGAGACAGUGAAGCGCUUCAUGACCCUGCGGGUGAAGAGCGAUAAGGAAUAUGCAUCGCUCCUGCUCAACAUCAGCCAGCAAGUGGACAAGCAUGACAGCUCCUCUCAGAUCCAAUACGUCAGUACUGUCUCCAAGUCAUGGACUCACAUGGUGCAGCAGACAGAGCAGUUGAGCAAGAUCAUGAAGUGUCACGCUGAGGAGCUCAACUCAGGGCCUCUCCACCGCCUCACAAUGAUGAUCAAAGACAAGCAGCAGGUGAAGAAGAGUUACCAAAGCCUCCACCAGCAGAUCGAGUCUGAGAUGCACAGGGUAACCAAAAGCGAUCUUGAGAAGUUAAAAUGCACCUACAGGCAGUUAACUAAGGAUGCUGUUUUAGCAAGAGACAAAUACAAGGAAGCUGUUGUAAAAGGCAAAGAGACUGAGAAAGCCCGUGAGCGUUAUGACAAAGCUACCAUGAAGUUACAUAACCUGCACAACCAGUAUGUGCUAGCAGUGAAAAGUGCACAGCUACAUCAGGAGCACUAUCAUGAGACUGCACUGCCUCUGCUGCUGGACUCCCUGCAGAAGAUGCAGGAGGAGAUGAUCAAUGCACUUAAGGGGAUUCUUGAGGAGUACAGUGAAAUCACCAGCCUGUUAACAGAUGAAAUAGUGAAGGUCCACAAAGAAAUACAUACUUCCAUUGACCAAAUCGAUCCGCUGUCAGAGUAUGACAACUUCAUCGAAAUUUAUAAAUUGCCAGAAGCCAAAGAACCAAAUGUAGAAUUUGACGCAACGCUAUUAGAAGAAACGGAGAAUCUUCAAGCAAAUGAGAUUCUGUGGAAUAAUUUGACAGCGGACAAUUUGCAAGCAAUGCUGAAGACCACCUCAGAGGAUCUGGUUCAAACCCAGCAGAGUCUCCACAGCAAAGAGGACCUCAUGCUGGACCUGGAGAACAAAAUAGAGGAAUCUACCAAAGCAUAUGAGAAGAAAUCAGACGUGGUGAUGUUACUCAGUCAGAAGCAGGCUCUGGAGGAGUUGAGACAGACGGUCCAGCAGCUGCGCUGUUCAGAGGCCAAUAAAAUGGCACAGAGAGAACUACUAGAACAGAAGAUGCAAGAGAAUGAGGGCAAAGAACCACCUCCUGUCGUCAACUACGAAGAGGAUGCCCGCUCUGUCAACUCAAUGGAUAAAAGCAAAGACAAGGUAUCAAAGUUUGAAACCCUCAGACACUCCAUCGCUGGAAUCAUCCGCACACCAAAGUCUGUACUGGGCACUUCAUCAUUUUUUGAUGUGAUACCCACUAGUGAAAAACCAUUGGGCGAGCAAGAGUGGUAUCACGGCGCCAUUCCCAGGACAGAGGCCCAGGAGCUGCUGAAGCAGCAGGGAGACUUCCUGGUGCGCGAGAGCCACGGCAAACCUGGAGAAUAUGUGCUGUCUGUAUUCUCAGAUGGACAGCGCAGACAUUUCAUCAUUCAGUUUGCUGAUAACCAGUACAGAUUUGAAGGCACUGGCUACCCCACCAUCCCACAGCUCAUAGAGCACCAUUACACAAGUAAACAAGUCAUCACCAAGAAAUCUGGGGUCGUGCUCCUCAACCCUGUCAUAAAGGAUAAGAAAUGGAUUCUCAAUCAUGAGGACGUCACUCUUGGAGAGCUCCUUGGAAAAGGAAAUUUUGGUGAGGUUUUUAGAGGAACACUGCGAGAUAAAACACUGGUGGCCGUGAAAACUUGUAAGGAAGAUCUUCCACAAGACCUGAAGAUAAAGUUCCUCUCAGAAGCCAGGAUCCUGAAGCAGUAUGAUCACCCCAACAUUGUGAAGUUAAUAGGCGUCUGUACCCAACGGCAGCCCAUUUACAUAGUGAUGGAGCUCGUGCCAGGCGGGGACUUUUUAUCAUUUUUAAGAAAGAAAAAAGAGGACCUCAAGACAAAGCAACUGGUCAAGUUCGCUUUAGACGCUGCUGCUGGAAUGGCAUACCUGGAGCUGAAGAACUGUAUACACAGAGAUCUGGCUGCUCGCAACUGCCUCGUGGGAGAGAACAAUGUGCUGAAGAUCAGCGAUUUUGGGAUGUCCCGCCAGGAGGACAAUGGCAUCUACUCCUCAUCAGGACUGAAACAGAUCCCUAUCAAGUGGACUGCACCAGAAGCACUGAACUAUGGGAGAUACAGCUCGGAGAGUGACGUGUGGAGUUAUGGGAUCCUCCUGUGGGAAACCUUCAGUCUCGGAGUGUGUCCUUACCCCGGCAUGACCAACCAGCAGGCUCGAGAACAGGUCGAAAAAGGCUACAGAAUGUCCUGCCCGCAGAAGUGUCCAGAUGAGGUGUACAGGAUCAUGCAGAGAUGUUGGGAUUACAAGCCUGAGAAUCGACCCAAAUUUGUCGACAUUCAGAAAGAACUGGCCGCUGUCAAGAAAAAAUAGCCUUUAAUGAGGAAAUGGCUGGAAGGCCAUCCAGGUGAUCCCUAAUCUGCAGAGAGAAACACACUGAAUGUUUCACCCUCCAAAUUACAUGCUAUUAUUGAACUAAAAGAGUACUCCGUCACAUAAUCACUGUGUGAACUGCCUAUGCACCAGCUGUUUUGAGCCAUUAGCAUGGAGAGAGGUCUCAGCUUUUCUCUGAUGUCAAAAUUACGCAGAUUUUCCCUUUUUUUUUUUUGGAAAGAGUUAAGCUAUGACAGACAACAACGUAAGAUGUAUUAUGUGCAUUCAGUAUGCCAUUGAGUAUACCUGUGUACGCACCAGUGAAAAAGGGGAGUGGUUUACCCGAAAAUGAAAUCCUGCCACAAUUUGCUCACCCUUAUGUUGAUGCAAACCUGCAUAUCUUUUCUUUCUUCUGUUGAACACAAGAACAUUUUGAAAAAGUGUUUUUGGUCUAAUCAGGGUUAGUUGGGUCCAAUGUUGUUCUGUACUCAAUUCACUUUUAGUAUAUGGACAAAACAGUUGAAACAUUAUUCAAAAUAUCAUCUUUUGUGUUCCACAGAGGAAAGAAAAAAAAUCAGGUUUGGAACGAGAUGAGGGGUGAAUUAAUGACAGGAUUUCAUUUUCAGGGAACUAUCCCUUUACAACAUGGAGAUGAAUGUGUGAAGAUGGACUGUUUGUCCACCCAUUAACACAAUACUGCUCUUUUUAAAGUCUGAUGGUUUGGGGAGUUUUA